AUGGCGACCAAGGCCAUGUGGGAGGUUGACCCGGAGACACGAUCCAAGCUAUCGGCCCUGCAGAGGGAGUCGAGCAAUGGGGUGUGCUGCGACUGCAGCGCGCCGUCCCCGCAAUGGGCGUCGCCAAAGUUCGGCAUCUUCAUCUGCCUGACGUGCGCGGGCAAGCACCGCGGCCUGGGGGUGCACAUAUCCUUCGUGCGCAGCGUGUCCAUGGACGCCUUCAAGGCCAUGGAGAUUGAGCGCAUGCGCCUGGGGGGGAACGACGGCUGGAGGCGGUUCUACGAGCAGCAGGUGGCGGCCUCGGGCGAGAGCGGGCUCAUCACCUGGACCGAGGGCACCGACGCGGACCGGUAUACCAGCGAGGCGGGAGAGGAGUACAAGGAUCGUCUGACGUGCAAGGUUGAGGGGAAGGAGUACGUUGCCUCGGAGAAGAAAGCGCCCGCUCCCACCACGGCAUCUUCUUCCGCCGCAGCCUCGAGGACCGCUUCGCGUUCCGGAACGCCCAGCGGUGCCGGUGCCAGACGUGGUGGCAGCCCUUCUGCUGGUGCCGGCGCCGGCGCCGGUGCCGGAACGGUGAGGGUGGACGAUGCCUACUUCUCCCGCCUGGGGGCCGAUAAUGCCUCGAGGCCGGACCACAUCCCACCCAGCCAGGGUGGCAAGUACGCUGGGUUCGGAAACACGCCCGAGCCUGCCGGCGGCGGUCAGGGGCAGGCCAUCAACUUGGAAGAUGUUCAGAAGGAUGCGGUCGCGGCUAUAACAAAGGGCUUCGGCUGGUUUACGUCGACGGUCACCCGGACAGCCAAGAAUGUCAACGAUGGGUACUUUCAGCCGGCGUCCAAGCAGUUUGCCGAAAGCGACUUUGCCAGACAAGCUCAACUCACAGCCGCUCAGAUAGCUCGACAGGCACAGAUGGCCGGCAAGAAUGCCCAGGAAGGGAUCAACAAACUCGUCGAGGGUCCCGCCGAAGGUGGCAGCGGCCAAGGUCAGGGCCAGGCGAGGACCCGGCAGCAGCAGCGCCGGGCCGGACCGGAAGAGAGCCGUCGCAGCUUCUGGGACGACUUCUCCAACCUGGCCGGGGGAGGACACCAGAGGGGUACGAGCCUCAGCAGCUCAGGAGGAGGUAACAGCGCCAUAGGCACGAGCGCCAUGGGCAUGGGCAAGUCUAGGGCCGCGGGCGGUGCCGGGGCACCUGCGCAGGCGGCACCAAAGAAGCAGAAUGAUGAGUGGGACGACUGGUAG